AUGGCACUUUUAUAUAAUAAAGGAUGCGAUGAUUUUGAAGGAAACUCUGCCAAAUGCCAUAUGACUAUAUGUCCUAUAGAUAAAUCUAAAUAUGAAACAUCAUAUUGUCAGGUUCAGUUAAAUCCAAUUAAAGUAUAUCGUCCUUUAUAUAAUGUUUCAAAUGAUAUUUCGCAAAAUAUGUUUAAAUAUAUACGUUAUGGGCCAUAUGAAUUUUCUAGGAUAAUCAUUCUUUCAAACAAUAAUCAAGAUGGUAUUGUGUUUCUUUAUGAAUUAAAUCCAUAUAAGGAUGAUUUCCCAUUUAAAACAUAUUUAUGCCGUCUUAAGAAUAUAAACCAAAGGAUAACGUUAUGCGAAUCCAUUGAUAUAAAUUAUUUAGGUAAAAAUCUGUCGUUUAAUUCUUAUGACGUUAUUAAUGGAAAAAAUAAUCUAUCUAGCUUAAAACUUUUAAAAAACCCCAGACAUAAAAUUAUUAAAGCAAAAUAUAAAAAUCUAUUUUAUAAACAACAUUUCUGCCAUGUUGUUAAAACAAAAUUUGUUACACAUCUUCGUUGUGUGAAUUAUUUAUGUGAAAAAUAUAAUGAGGAAUAUACUUUGUGUACUAAUGCGAAUUAUAGUGGAAAAUUAGUAUUUUUGGAUUAUUAUAGUUAUCAACGAAAUAUUAAAGACCUUAUAUAUCUUCCAGAUAGUUGCUUAAAAAAAGAUUCUAAUUUUGCAUGUACUCCAUAUUUUUGCCAAAAAAAAGUUAUAAAUCAAUUUACUUCAUGCGAAUAUCAAGAAAUUAGUGCUAUAAAAAAUAUAGCAAUAAGUCCAAAAAGUUUAGAUGUUAUAUCAACAAACCCACAGAAUGUUUAUCAUGAAAAUAAUAUGAGUGCACCUGAGCUCUUUGCCAUUGCUUUUGUGCCUUUUUUAAUUCUUUUUGUUUUUUUUUGGUGCUACAUAUAUAAGCUUAUGAAAAAGAGGAGAAGAAAAUUUUAUAAUGCCAAAAAGAUAUAA